UUUUGAGUAACUAAAACGCCCACUUAAUAUACGGCUAUAUAUCUGAAACAGUUGAAAUAUUUAUUAUGAGUUGAAGGUGCAGAGUUUACACCUGCUGUUGUUGUUUCUUAUUGUUAAUGUGAUGCAUAGUUAUUUGUCUCUAACAAUUUGCAAUUGCAUUUUAGGUGAACCUUAAAAAUCCAUUGUGAAAAAUUGUGGGGUUGUGGGAGUAAAACGGAUACUCAAUAGUAAAAGAGCGUAAGCCAGUGUGAGCGAGUGUGUGUGUGUGCAGUGGUGGAGAGGAGCACGACAUGUAUUUGAUGUGUACUCAGCGGCCGAAGAGAGCGCAUUAAACAAGAACAAAUCACACACACACACAACAGUGAGCAAGUUUGUUGUGGGGGAGUCGCAGUCGGUUUUGAGAAAUACACACGCUUUUCGCCAGCGCCAGUAGAUAGAACAGAAAACAUACAUACGUCUACAGCGAAAGGAGAAUAUUGCGAAAGGAGAAUAUUGCGAAAAAUAGAAAAAAGCAAACUUAACUAGGCGAAGACUUAAAGUAGACAGCACACUAUAAGGCAACGAAAUGAAUCCAGCAGUUGAUGCGUGGGCGGUAACCCAACGUGAAAAGCUCAAGUAUCAGGAGCAGUUCAGAGCUCUGCAACCGCAGGCCGGAUUUAUAACCGGGGCCCAGGCGAAAGGAUUCUUUUUGCAGUCGCAGUUGCCGCCGUUGAUUUUGGGUCAAAUAUGGGCCUUGGCUGACACGGAUUCCGAUGGCAAAAUGAACAUUAAUGAGUUCAGCAUAGCAUGCAAGCUUAUCAAUCUGAAGCUGCGUGGCAUGGAAGUUCCAAAGACUCUGCCGCCCACGUUGCUCAGCUCUCUGACGGAUGCUGUUGUUGGCGGCCCAACGCCCACAAUGACGCCACGUGGAUCGACCAGCUCGAUGAGUCCAAUAGAUCCGCUUAAAAGCAUUGCUGCAUUGCCGGCUGCUGUGCCGGCUCCUAUUAUAGCUCCUCCAGCUGUGGCGCCGCCAGUUGCUGUAGCUCCUGUUGCUGUGCCCGCAGCGAUUGUCUCGCCACCGCAAAGCAAUCCACCAAGUCGGCAUAUGUCCAUCUCCGAGCGUGCUCCAUCCAUUGAGUCGCCUCAAGCGGAGUGGGCUGUGCAGGCGGCACAGAAACGAAAAUACACGCAGGUGUUCAAUGCCAAUGAUCGAACACGUUCCGGCUACUUGACGGGCGCCCAGGCCCGCGGCGUUCUGGUGCAGAGUAAACUUCCUCAGGUGACAUUGGCGCAAAUCUGGACACUCGCUGAUGUGGAUGGGGAUGGCCGGCUGAGCUGUGAUGAGUUUAUUCUGGCCAUGUUUCUGUGCGAAAAGGCCAUGGCGGGCGAGAAGAUACCCGUCACUUUACCCUUAGAUUGGGUGCCACCUAGCUUGCGCAAGACCAAGUCGCGUCCGGGCUCCGUCUCAGGUGUUGGCUCACGUCCAGGCUCUCAGCCAGCCUCGCGACAUACAUCGGUCUCGUCACAAGGUGGAGCAAUGUCCGAUGCUGAUCCAGCAGCUGGCUUGCCGCAAACUUCAUUCGAAGACAAGCGCAAGGAGAACUACGAGAAGGGCAAAGUGGAGCUGGAUCGCAGGCGCAAGCUAAUGGAGGAUCAACAGCGCAAGGAACGUGAAGAACGUGAACGCAAGGAACGCGAGGAGGCGGACAAGCGUGAGAAGGCACGCCUGGAAGCCGAGCGCAAGCAGCAGGAGGAAUUGGAGCGUCAGUUGCAACGACAGCGUGAAAUCGAAAUGGAGAAGGAGGAGCAACGCAAGCGUGAGCUGGAAGCCAAGGAGGCAGCUAGAAAGGAGUUAGAGAAGCAGCGUCAACAGGAAUGGGAGCAGGCACGCAUUGCCGAAAUGAACGCACAGAAGCAGCGGGAACAGGAGCGUGUCCUCAAGCAAAAGGCACACAAUACUCAGCUCAAUGUGGAGCUAAGCACGCUUAACGAAAAGAUAAAAGAUCUAUCGCAAAAGAUUUGCGACACACGAGCUGGAGUGACCAAUGUCAAGUCUGUAAUCGAUGGAAUGCGCACACAGCGCGACACUUCAAUGAGCGAAAUGGCACAGCUAAAAGCACGCAUCAAGGAGCAAAAUGCCAAGCUUCUCCAGCUGACACAGGAGCGAGGCAAAUGGGAUGCUAAGAGCAAAGUCAGCGGAGCAACGGCUGGAGACCCUGCUCAGCAGGAGCAGCUAAAUGCAGCGUUUGCACACAAGCAGCUGCUGAUCAAGCAAAUCAAGGACAAGGUGGAAAACAUAAGGAAGGAGAUUGAAUCCAAGAAGGAGGAUCUCAAUUCAAACGAUGUUACAAUGCAGGAAUUAAAGGCCGAACUUUCGGCGCUAAUCACCAAAUGCGAAGAUCUGUACAAGGAGUACGAUGUUGAGCGUACUUCGGUGCUGGAAUUGAAAUAUAAUCGCAAGAAUGAAACGUCUACAAUUAGCUCUACUUCCGCCUGGGACACUGGCAGCACUUGGGGCACCACUGCGGCCAGUGAACCAGCGGCUGUUGAUGCCUAUGGCGGCUAUGGACUUAGUAAUGAUACCGCUGCUGCUGUGACAGCACCGGCUGUUGAUAUCAGUGGACCAGCACCGGAAGGAUUUGUUAAAUAUCGUGCUGUCUAUGAGUUCAAUGCGCGCAAUACGGAGGAGAUUACAUUUGUGCCGGGCGAUUUAAUUCUAGUGCCAUUGGAACAGAAUGCAGAGCCUGGUUGGUUAGCAGGCGAGAUUAAUGGUCAUACUGGUUGGUUCCCUGAAUCUUACGUCGAGAAGAUUGAGGAAGAGCCAACGACCUCGGCAAUUACUGCUGAGCCAGCAGCCGUGACAGAAAGCUAUAAUGACACCAACGCCUUACCGGCGUCGGAGUCGGAGCUAGCCACGACAGCGGCAGCAGCAGGUGAUGUCGAGUAUUAUAUAGCCGCAUAUCCUUAUGAAUCAGCCGAAGAAGGUGACUUAAGCUUCGGCGCUGGCGAAAUGGUCAUGGUCAUCAAAAAGGAAGGCGAAUGGUGGACGGGCACAAUUGGCAAUCGCACUGGCAUGUUCCCAUCGAACUAUGUGCAAAAGGCGGAUGUGGGAACAGCAACAACUACAGCAACUACUAUGGUCGAAUCUGCUGUGGUUCCUGAUCCACUUGAGGCUGCAGAGCAGGAGGUGAACCUCAAUGGCACCACUGCCUUUGCUGCUGAGCCAGAGAUACAGCCGCAAAUACAGUCGCUAUCACAGUCGCAACCACAGUCACAACCACAGCCACAGCCACAGACCCUUGAGCUGGAGGAGUCCCAUACAAACGAAGAUGUUGACACUGAAGUAUCGCAGAUAAAUACGCAGUCCAAGUCACCGAACGAACCGGCCGAGAGCUACAGUCGGCCCAUGUCACGCACCUCUUCCAUGACACCCGGCAUGCGCGCCAAGCGUUCGGAGAUAGCACAAGUUAUUGCUCCAUAUGAGGCCACCAGCACAGAGCAGUUGUCGCUGACACGCGGCCAGUUAAUAAUGAUACGCAAGAAAACCGAUUCCGGUUGGUGGGAGGGCGAGUUGCAGGCCAAGGGCAGACGUCGUCAGAUUGGCUGGUUCCCGGCCACCUAUGUAAAGGUGUUGCAAGGUGGACGCAACAGCGGACGCAACACGCCCGUCUCCGGCAGCCGCAUUGAGAUGACCGAACAGAUUUUGGAUAAGGUGAUUGCGCUAUAUCCGUACAAAGCACAAAACGACGAUGAGCUAUCGUUCGAUAAGGAUGAUAUCAUUAGCGUCCUGGGCCGCGAUGAGCCGGAAUGGUGGCGCGGCGAACUGAAUGGUCUCUCCGGGCUGUUUCCCAGCAACUAUGUGGGUCCGUUUGUGACGUCCGGUAAGACAGCGAAACAGAACGGCACAAAAUCAAAGUGAAUCUCCUGAAAAACUGGCAUAACACCCGCCUCUCCUCUUCCACAAAACAACCAUGACGAUGCUUUAUAAGUUGUUUCCUAAAACGCUCUCUCAUGCUCCGCACACAUUCCAAUUUAUAUUUGUAUUUCGUUUGAUAAUUUAUAUAUUUUUUGCCUUUAUAUCGAAUAAGUAAUGCCAAUUUAUUCUCGCCAAGUUCUUGAAAUUGUCUUCAUUUGAUGCUUAGUUGUAAAUUGUUGCAAUAUCUCCCCUCAAAUUUUGUAUCUAUUGUUAAUUGUUAUUAUUUAGUUGUUUAGCAAUUAUUUAAUUUUAAGUGAAAAGGCUCUCCACACAUUGUUUCCUUGUUAGCCAAUCUCUAGAUAUAAUUGAUAAUGAUUUGCAUUAAAUUGCAUACGUACAUCUGUGUAUUGUGUA